GCCCUUCUCGGAUCUCAUCGAUUUCUGUUUCGACGCCAUGCCCAGCAUCCCCAAAGCCCUGGUCGUGUUCUUCGCCGUCGCCGCGCUGCUCUGCGGCGGCCACGCGCACCGCAAGGACCAUGCGGCGAGCGUCUACGACGUGACGCAGUACGGAGCGGCGCCGAGCAACCGAGACAACAGAGACGCUUUCUUGGCCGCGUGGCGCGCGGCGUGCGGCUCCACCGCCGGUAACUCGACGCUCGUGUUCCCCAAGGGCACAUUCGCCGUCGGCGCCGUGCAGUUCGAGGGGCCGUGCGCGAACCGCGGCGCGCCCGCCGUGGUGAUCCACGGCGUGCUCCAGCCGUGCGCGGGCGGCGGCGGCUGCCACCUCUCGGACGACGCCUGGAUCACGUUCAGCGGCCUGAACAACCUCCUCAUCACCGGCGACUGCACCUUCGACGGCCAGGGCCAUAGGAGCGGCAAGCCCAAGUCCAAGACGACGACCCUGGUUUUGGAGGACGUCACGAACUCGAUGCUGAGGGGCCUGGCGUUCGUGAACAGCCGGGGCUUCCACGUGAACCUGCGCCGCUGCACCGGGGUCGUGGCCGAGGGCCUCGGCAUCCACGCGCCGGCCGCCAGCCGCAACACGGACGGCGUCCACGUGGGCCACUCUCGCCACGUCCGCAUCCUCGACUCGGUCAUCGGCACCGGCGACGACUGCGUGUCCGUCGGCCCCGGCUCCGUCGACGUCGUCGUGAGCGGCGUCACCUGCGGCCCCGGGCACGGGCUCAGCGUGGGGAGCCUGGGCAAGGACGGCGGCGAGCAGGACGUGCGCGGGCUGGUGAUCAGGAACUGCACGGUGAAGGGCACCACCAACGGGGUGCGCAUCAAGACGUGGCCCGGGUCGCCGCCGAGCCGCGCGUCCAACAUCACCUUCGAGGACAUCGCCAUGGCCAACGUCACCAACCCCAUCAUCAUCGACCAGCGCUACUGCCCCCACGACCGCUGCUCCGACGCCGACAAGCCGUCGCAGGUGCAGAUCAGCGACGUGACGUUCCGGCGGAUCGAGGGCACGUCCAGCGGCCCGCUGGCGGUGCGGCUGCUGUGCAGCGAGGAGCGGCCGUGCACCGGGGUGCGCCUCGACGACAUCAACCUCACCUGCGGCGACGUCCCGUGCCGAUCCGAGUUCUCCAACGUGCGGGGGCCACUCGUCCCGGUGGUGGCGCCGGCGCCGGCGCCGGGGUCGAGCCCGACCGCCGCCGCGGGCGGGGAGGAGGAAGAGGCUGAUGUGGCAUCCAGGGUAUCUCAACAGCUAGGCAGGUUGACUUGGUGGUUACCGUUGACUGUCAGAGGAUUUGUUCAGGAGGGGACAACAAAAACUGAAGGGAGGUUAAUUUUCUAGAUUUUUUUUCUCCUUGAUGAUGGAUGGGCUACUGUCAUUGUCAUAGUCAUAGUUCACAGUGACCUAGUCCCUAUUUAGUUCCCACCCCAUAAACCCUAUAAACGCAAAAAAAACAUCAUAUCGAAUGUUUCGAUACAUGCAUGAAGUACUAAAUGAAGUCUAUUUACAAAACUUUUUGCAUAGAUGGGCUGUAA